AUGUCGAAUAAACCAAGUAUACCCGCAUGGCAACGCGCCUCGACCGAUAACGCUGUAUCUUCAUCGCCUCUGGAGCAGGAAGACGCCAGCGCGCAACAACAGCCAGUAGAAGCUCCGACGCCGACUGAAGACGACGUUGAAAGCGAAGAUGGCGGAAUACAGCUAUCGGAAAGUUCGGAAAGCGGAGAGUUAUUGGAACAGGCGUCUCGCUUUCUAGACGACCCGGCGAUUCGCGAUGCGCCGAGGGAGAAGAAGGUCGCGUUUUUGGAGUCCAAGGGUGUGAGUGCUGGGGAUAUUGAGACGUUGCUGGGUGAGAAAGAGGAGGAUGAUAUGAGGAAACAAAGUGUUGUGGAACAGAGUCCUACAGAGGAGAGAGAACCAGAGCAUGUUGAGGAGCAUGUUGACGAACAGGCGUGGCCAAGUUCACCCCCCAGAGCCGUCAACGUACCCGAAUAUCAACCUCAACCACGCGAAAUACCACCCAUCGUCACAUACCCAGAGUUCCUCGCAAGCACAGAGAAGCCACCACCACUCAUAACGACCAACCGCCUAGUAAACACCGCAUACAUAACAGGAGGUCUGAUGGCAAGCAUAUACGGCCUAUCCAAGUUUAUCAUUGCGCCCAUGACAGAAAAGCUCGCAGAGUCGCGGCACGACUUUGCGUCACACACCCAGGCGCAAUUGAAGGAACUCAAUGAGCGUCUGGGCAAAGCAGUAUCGGUAGACCCCGCUACCAAAGUCAAAGCAAUCAAGGAUAUCCCAGACGAUGUUUCCGAAGCAGACUCCGACCCAACAGAGCUCUAUCACCGCGAUUACGGCACGCAAACCACUCCCAACCUAUCCCGCCGUCCCUCGACAUCCUCACCUCCAGACCCCCACCCCACCGUCACCGCACACGAGAAUCGCCUCAAGAUUAUGAAGAUACAUCUCCAAGAAAUGGAAACCACCAGCAAAUCCAGCAACACAGCACGGGAUGCGUUGAGAACAAAGGUGUCUGACCUGACCUCGUAUCUGUCUGAGAUGGACUACCAGAGCCAGUACUACCCGAACAUGGGCCGCUACGGGUCGAACUUUAGCUGGAUGAGUGGUAAUAGUGGGACCAGCAAGAAUGAUCAGAUUGAAGUUUUGAAGGGCGACAUUAGAGCCGUCAAGGGUGUGUUCCUCAGUGCGCGGAAUUUUCCUACUGGAUGGAAUGCACCACCGAUACCUACGGGCAGGCCGGCUUGAUGAGAUGGUAGUUUGGUGAAGUGUAGGAUUGAUAUAAAUAAUAUGAUUUCUCGCGGGUUAGUUCAUACUAGGA